GGAAACGUGGGGUACGGCCCCGAUCGAGCUGACUACUGGAGUCUACCUGAGGUGACCAGAGGGGUCUUCAUCUUCCACGGACGCGCCGGCCAGGAUUAAGCUCCGCCGAAUGCCAGUCGGGUCCUAUCCGAGGGCUGGCCGUUUCACUCUUGUCAUCGGACCGGAAGGAGCCUGACCGGCCCGAAGAUGCUGUACAUAUUCCACGUGGACACGGGCACCACCAUCACCUUCGACAUCAAGCUGGCGCUGCAGACUGUCUGCCAGCUGAAGGAAGCGAUCGAACGAGAAUGCGGCGUGGUCGCGGCGCACCAGGUGCUCCUGAUGAGCGGAGGCGAGAGCCUGGAACCGAACGCGCGUGUAUGUUCCUACUCGGCCGGAACCGACACGAAUCCGAUCUAUUUGUUCAGCAAGGCCGCCAUUGAGAGCCACCUUCCACCCACGCCGAGUAUAGAUUAUGGUUCCGAUGUCGAUCUACAAAGUCAAAUCGACGCUUCGCUGGCGAUGCCAGCCACUUAUCAGACCCUUGUUGCCCGAGCCCAAUUGGCUCAGCAAUGCUGCGGAUUGGCGCGGGAGCAAACCAGGAUCUGCGAGCGGCUGGUGCACGAUCAGCACCUUCAGCAACAGGGCUGGGCCGCCGUGGUGGCGAAUCUCGAGGACAUCACGCAGAUGUUCCAGUCCCGAGCCGAUCUCCUUCAGCAGAGUUUCACCGUCUAUCUAUCGGAGAGGCAGCAACACAUGGAGCUCCUUCAGAACUUCAACACUGACCUGGGUAUGCUAGCGAAGAUUCCAAUUCUACCAGCUCUUCGGGCCCAAGCGGAAGGUCUUCUGAGCCCAGACGAUCAGCCGAGUCAGUCCGAGAAGGACACCGAGGGCAGGGACGAAGUUUUGAGUUUGUUCCGGUGGAUAUCAGCGAAAGACAAUCAAAGUAGCCUGGAACAGGUCGCGGAGCAGUGUUCUCGGGGUCUGGAGCAGUUCGAUGAGAGGGUGAUGGAGGCGUUGAAGUCAGAGGUGAACGCAGCGAUAGACAGCGCGAACAAGCAGGACAUGAAGGAGAUCAAGGGCCUCGGGGAACGAUUGUUCGCGUUGGAACAAUUGAUGGCGCAGACCAAGAAGCUCGUCCAGGAACAGGGUGAACUGGCGCAGGGUUUCCAUCAGAAUCAGAGCCGGGCGAACAACCUGGGCGACGCAAGCGUCCUGCCCGAUCUCUGCACCUCGCACAGACACCAGCUACUAGUGAUGCUGCUGAAUCACAAUCAGCUGAGAGACAUACGACGCAGAUGCACAAAAGCGAAGGAGGAGCUGUCCGUGAACAUCUACCAUCGACUGAAGUGGAUCAUGUACGUGGAGAACAAGAUGAUGGAGGUGGAUGGCAAACUGGUGAUGUACAACGAGAGUCUGAAACGGUUAAGGAGACACCUGGAGGUCCUCCAGCAGAUUCACCUGGCGCCACAGAUGUACAUGAACGCGGUGGCUGAAGUUGUCCGGAGGCGAACCUUCUCUCAGGCCUUCCUCGUGUGGGCCAGCAACCUUGCGUGUCAGCUGUUGACUGUUCAUAGCGAGGAGCUGGCGCGUCGAAGGGAGUUCCAGAGCAAGUUCGAUGGGCACUUCUUGAACACGUUGUUCCCCGGUCUGGAGGACACGCCGCCCCCUUUCGCGACUCAGGCGCCUUCUGUUUUCGAUAAUGGAUUGCCAAAGUUGACGGCGGAUGACAUGGAGUCUCUUAGAUCGCAGCUACCAGACCUGGCGCUCACGGUAUCAUCGCCGGAUCUGAGCAGCAUCACCCAGUUCUUCUUGUCGAAGAGUCUCAGCGACGCCAGCACCGACGGGAACAAGGAGAAAGACAGCAGCACCACUUCCAUGAGAGUCGACGUGGCUGCGAAGGGACAAGAACGAACCAGGGCGCCGAUGUUAUCUGACAGGGGUGGCUUCGAAUCGGAGACGGACACGGAGGAGUUCGAGAAGAUCGGGCAGGGCGCAACGGACUCGAAACCCGAGUCGUUCGACGGCGCGAAACAAAUGCGUCAGAAACAAUUGGAGGAGAAUCUUGGCAACACCCGUGAGGAAGUGGAGAGGCUACGCGCCAUUCUGAAGACGAUGAAGGCGGUGAUGUGCGAGUCGUUGACUUCAGUCCGUCGGGAACUCGCCGUUCUGAGGGAUCGAUCCAGCGAGGACAAGGACGGCCUGUCGGAGAUGACCGAGCGUGUCCGCGAGGCUCUGUCUCUGUACUCGCGCGAGUGCGAUCGUCGUCUUCGGGAACGCGAACAGGAGCUGACGGUGGACCACGAGCUCGAGAUGGCGGACGUGAAGAAGCUGAUGCAGAGCCGGGAGGAGGAGAUCUGUACCCUGAAACGCAACCUUCUGGAGAAGGAGGCUGAGCUGACCGAACACGAACGUCUGACGACCACCAUGCGACAGAAACUGGAGUCCGAGCAAACGGAGAUGAGAAAUCUGCAGACUCGUCUUCAUCAACAGCUAGAAGAGCAGCUGGAACAAGCGCGGGUCGAGAAGGAGGCGGCUGUGAAGAAAACGAGCGACGAAAGGUUUAUGGAGAUAGCUUCUUUGACGAACUCCGUGAGCCAGUGGCAAAAAAGAAUUCAGGAGUUGGAGGAGAGUCUAAGCACGGCUAGGAACGAUCAACAGAGGAUGGUGAAGGAGGCGACCGAGAAGUUGCAGAUGGAGUACAAGACCGAGCUGGCGACUGUCAGGAGCCGGUUCAAGCCGAUGACUGCGUCCACCAUUGAAAGGAGUCCUAGCGACUCCAGCCUUGAGAAAAUUGAAAGACCGGAUGUAAUGGAACUGAGCAGCCAGAUCCUGGCACAAGUGAAGGAGGACAUGAAAAUGGAGAAGUCCGCGGCUAUUCGAACAGCGAUCGAGAAAGAGCGGGCUGACUGUGUCGUGAAACUGGAUCAAGAGCUACGACUGGCCAGACAGGUGGUCGACGAGAAGGACCGCGAAGUUGAGAUGUAUCGGAGAAGAGAAUUCGUACUUACCGAGGAAUUCGAACAGUACAGGACCAUGAUCAGGAGACUGGCCGACUCGGACGACUUCAAGAAUAUCGGUGCCGAGAUGAAUUUGAGCAACCUGCAGGAAUUGUUGAGCCGUCUGCCUUUGGAAAAGGACGAGGUCGAGGUGUCGGAAUCGAAGAAAGUGCGGUUGGAAGCGAACGACGAUAUUCAGAUUUGCUUGUCCAGGAGGUUGGAGAUGCUCGAGAACGACAACAAGAAGUUGAACGCGGAAGUGCAGUCGCUUAGGGAGUGCAAGGAGACGGCGGAGGCGAAGAUAGAGGUCCUGGAAUCGGACAAGAUCCGGUUGGAGCUCGAACUGGUCAAGGAAAGAUCGAGAAGAAGCUUCGCAGUUCAGGAAUCCUCGUCUUCGUCGGAGAGUCGCGAGAAGGAUAUGAACGCUUCUGUGGCGGUUGUUGCGCUAGGAUCCAGUCGGGACGCGGCGACCAGUCCGGAGCCUAGGUGUAACUGUAUGAUUUGUUUCUUCUCCGUCUCGCACGUCCAAAGGAAGAUGAAGAAGGUAGCGGCGAAGUUGGUGGAGCAGGGCCGCGUCACGGUCGCCAGCUGCAAUCCAGGGGACAUUGUGCUGGUCUUCUGGGAUCCUACGCACGGCAAUUAUACCGUGUACCAGGAGUCCACCACUCUCUAUUUCCUGAAUUCGGACUGUGUCGCCGCUUUGGACCUGGCCUUGAAUCCUGAGGGGCCGCCGUUGAGCAUUCAGACUAUCGCUGAGGUUGUUGAUAAGGAGUACUGUCAUGCUAGAAAGUCUGAAAAUAGAUACCGUGUACCACGUGGAACCAAGUUCUACCGUGUACGCGUGAAAGCGGUGGACGAGAGCGCGACUCUAUUGGCGUGCAUCCAGCAACAGUAAUCGUACGUUCCAAUUGGAGCGGAAACCCUUUGAUUCUUGCCUGGUUAGAAGCCCUGUGACCCUUGGAUUCGCGUUCGACGGAUAAACACUGGCCGUUCGAAGCUCAGUUUAUUCGAGACGCGGGUCCUCCCAGCUUAUGAACAUCCUCGCGACCAUCCGGAAACGGAUCCUCGGAUCAAGGCCAAAACCUGCCAGAGCCUGUAGACGCAUCCUGAACAUCGCCUAGCAGGGAGAACGAAGAUGUUUUACGAUAGAGAAAAAGAGGUAUGGCCGCCCCGAUGAGGUGCACGCAAAGCGAUCAGACGAUCAGAAGGAUGCGCUGGCGUUUCAUUGUGAUAUAAAUAAUUUUUAAACGAGUGAAACAUAUAAUUGCCGAAUGCUGUGGUUAGCUGUGAAGUGUAAACGACGAUUUGUAUUCCUUUUUCCUUUUUUUUUUUUUUUCAUAAUACGAACUUGAAUGAGCGAAUAUGAGAGAAAGAGGACGAGCGUGAGCGAGAAUGCGAGAAAAUGAAGGUGAGUAAGAAUAAGAACGAAAUAAUAUUAUAAUAACGUAAUCGACGACUUUUCUUCUUGUAAUUUGCUAAGCCGACUGCGAGUGUAAAAGAGUGAGAAAGACAGGAAGUGAGAGCGAGAGAGAGAGAGAGAGAGAGAGAGAGAGAGAGAGAGAGAGAGAAAGUGUUUUUCAUUUUAACUUCGGACACCGAAAGCGAAACUUCCUCGUUCCGCGACUCGAUUCAACGCUAUGAAUUAUUAAUUACCAUUACUAUUAUAUUAUUCUUAUUAUCUUUGCAUUGCGUGAAGAAAAGAAAACGAAGACGAAGGAGAACGAAGCGAAACAAAAAAAAUCGUAGUAGAGUAAGUUUUACAAGGAAACCAAGCAUGCAGUUACAAAAAGGGGAAGAAAAAACGGUAAUGAACACACGGUUGCUUUGUACAUGCAAGAAAAAUAUAUAUUAUAUACGUAUGUGUUAUAUAAUAUAUACGGGUGUGCUCCGUUGUAUCAGACGUACAAUAUUCGCGUAAACGAUGUCGUACACGUAGGUCCUAAGCAGGAUUUUCUAAAGAAAAAAAAGGAAGAAAAAAACGAAGUAUCACGUAGCCGUGUUGUGCAAGCCCUCGUGAUACACACCCUCGUGCACGUUAGUGAGAGUUAUACGCGUUUAAUUUGGAAACAAGAAGCGAGCCGCCUUCGCGUGUUUCCCGACCGAGAUUUCGUUCAGAGUUGCCCCCGUGGUCGACGCGAAUUGUCCUCGAAUCUGUUUACCACGAACGGUAUCAGCGAACAUGUCGAUCGUGUCAACCCCCCUCAGUCUGUUGGGUUCGAAUUUUCCGCCGAAACGGUUCCACUAACGCGCAGAGAACGCGGAUCAGCGUUCCACAAAAAUAUUCUUAGUAAAUCUAACUAAGAAAAAUUCCGUAUGGAACCGUACACCGAAUUUUCGAAUCUUAACGCGAAAAAAAGGGGGUUAGGUCGUUACCAAGAUGGCGGACGCGCGAUCAAAAGGACCGCGGCGGCACACCUGUCUCUUCAUUUUCGAAACGUAACGAGAUACGAAUAUCGUUGACGAAAGAUUAUUCGGUCUUUCAAGCCCCGGUUCGCGAGGCAGACUCUUCGUAGCACGAAUUUUAUAACUAUAUGCCGUAUAGUCAUGCAUAAACACACACGGACACGUGUACACACAUAUAACACACACACGCAGUCGCAUAUAUAUAUAUAUAUAUUUUUGUUUUUUGCCCAACGUUCUGUGUCAAAACGCGUUCGAGGCCUGCGCCCGAAUAAUACUACGUAUAUCGCGAGAAUAUUGAGCGUACACCACGGAGAGAAACACAACACCGACGAAAACUUCUUUGCGACAGAUCGCUCGUAAGAAUUUUUUUUCUUUUGUUUUAUUACCGAUUCUGUACCGUUCACCUACAAAUAUCAAUUCGUUUCUCCGCGACAGUUAAGCACUCAUAGUAUCGUACAAUAGCUGUGAUCGUUAGGCUCGACGUUUUCACUUCUACUUAGUCGUUAGUUAAUCUUAAUUCCUUGGGCCCCGAUGAUCGACCAGCCGAGGUCCGCUCGAACUCUAGUUCCACCCCUCGGGCCACAAACUUCUGUUUCCUCAUUAACUAAUAUCCAGGGGUGGUGGUUCGAAACGUCGAGCGGAUCUCGAAACGCGGAACGACGAUCGUUUCCCCCGACGUCGACCAUCGGGACCCGAUUUUCGAGUUCGAGCGCGACGCCGCCGCCAACCGGUCACGGCGGUCCGCCGAAAGAGAUGCUGAUAAGUAAGAUAAAAUGAAAAAGACGAUGCAACAAAAAUGUUCGUUUCUGGUAGGUUGUAGCUCGAGCUUGUCGAGAGAACGACGCCACCUGCUUAAUGACGUAGCGCAAAAGUAGCUCGUUUAAAAAAUGAUUCCUCUUUCUUCUAAAGGUCGACAAGAAAUCGCACCCGCGUUUACCACACGUGCGCGCAUGCAUGCACGGGAUUUAGCACGAAUUUUCUGUGGACAGUUUCGGGAGCCCUGCGCCCCGCCAUGUCCCGUUCAUAUAAUAGGUACACUUUUUUCUCUCCGAUAAAACCCCCACACGAUCGUCCUCGCGACCGAUCGACAUUUCCUGUCGUUGCGUCGAUUCGCUGAAACGAAACGAAAAGAAAAAAAAAAACACAAAAAAAAAUGAAACACCGAGUUCACACGCACGCGACCCCACGGUUCCUAUUAGUCCAAUUGUUUGCUUCACGGUUUCGAAGGGCCACGAAGAAACCUUCGGAGGCACUCGUAGAGCAUUCUCCGCAUUUCGUCACUUUUGAUGGAACGGAUACAGAGCGUGAUCGUUGAGAGAAGAAUCUUAGACUUCACCUUGAAUGUUUCGAGUCGAUACGAGUGUGAGUGUUUAAAGGCAUGAAGAAAUUUUUGUGAAUGUAUUGAAGUGUGCAAUUUUCUUGCUAUCGAGCGGAAACCCUGUUACCAAUGUUAACCCUUUGACUGCGGCGCACUUUACCUCAAAAUAAUCAGCAUGUGCGGCUCGAUAUUCAUUUGACAUGUUGUGAGGACGUAUAUAUAUAUAUAUAUACGUAUUUCGCAGUCAAAGGGUUAAAAUCCUGUGGUAUAUCAGUAGGUCAUGUUAGUCGAGGAUUCACUUGACGAUCACGUUGUAUAAUUUCCGCCAAGAGUACGCUUCUCGA